GCGACAGCUACCGCUUCAGAGGAAGCGUCUGCGGAGGAGGAAGAAGAGCAGGGCAAGGCGGGAGUCACAGGCGGGACCCUCGCCAUGGGUCCGCGGACCUAGAGCGGCGGAAGCUACCGGCCCGGUGCCGAGCUGGCCGCUGCUCCUUCCCUUGGCUCCCAUGGCUGAGGACUGGCUGGACUGCCCAGCCUUGGGCCCUGGCUGGAAGCGCCGUGAGGUCUUUCGAAAGUCAGGUGCCACCUGUGGACGCUCAGACACCUAUUACCAGAGCCCCACAGGAGACAGGAUCCGAAGCAAAGUUGAGCUGACCCGCUACCUGGGCCCUGCGUGCGACCUCACCCUCUUCGACUUCAAACAAGGCAUUCUGUGUUAUCCAGCCCCCAAGCCCCAGUCCUUAGCUGUCCCUAGCAGGAAGCGGAAGAAGCCUUCACGGCCAGCCAAGACUCGGAAACGUCAGGUUGGACCCCAGAAGGGUGAGGUCAGGAAGGAGGCCCCAAGAGAUGAGACCAAGGCUGAUGCCGACACAGCCCCAGCUUCACUCCCUGCUCCUGGGUGCUGUGAGAACUGUGGAAUCAGCUUCUCAGGAGAUGGUACCCGAAGACAGCGGCUCAAGACAUUAUGCAAGGACUGCCGAGCACAGAGAAUUGCUUUCAACCGGGAGCAAAGGAUGUUUAAGCGUGUGGGCUGCGGGGAGUGCGCGGCCUGCCGGGUAACCGAGGACUGCGGGGCCUGCUCCACCUGCCUUCUGCAGUUGCCCCAUGAUGUGGCCUCGGGGCUGUUCUGCAAGUGUGAGCAGAGACGGUGCCUCCGGAUUGUGGAAAGGAGCCGAGGGUGUGGAGUGUGCCGGGGCUGUCAGACCCGAGAGGACUGCGGCCGUUGUCGAGUCUGCCUUCGCCCUCCCCGCCCUGGUCUCAGGCGCCAGUGGAGGUGUGUCCAGCGGCGCUGCUUACGGCACCUUGCCCACCGUCUGCGUCGCCACCAUCAGCGAUGUCAACGACGCCCUCCCCUAGCUGUGGCUCCCCCUGCUGGUAAACGUAGCCGCCGCAGAGGAGGCUGUGACUCCAAGAUGGCAGCUCGGCGGCGCCCCCCGCGAGCCCAGCCACUGCCUCCAGUUCCCCCAUCACAGCCUCCAGAGUCCCCAGAGCUGCACCCCAGAGCCCUGGCCCCCUCGCCACCUGCCGAGUUCAUCUAUUACUGUGUAGACGAGGACGAGCUACAGCCUUACACGAAUCGUCGGCAGAACCGCAAGUGUGGGGCCUGUGCAGCCUGCCUACGCCGGAUGGACUGUGGCCACUGCGACUUCUGCUGUGACAAGCCCAAAUUUGGGGGCAGCAACCAGAAGCGUCAGAAGUGUCGUUGGCGCCAAUGCCUGCAGUUUGCCAUGAAGCGGCUGCUGCCUAGUGUCUGGGCAGGAUCUGAGGAUGGGGCAGGCCCGCCCCCACCUUAUUCUCGUCGAAAGAGACCUGGCUCUACUCGGCGGCCCCGUCUGGGGCAGAUACUGAAGACCUCCUUGACCACACCCACAGCCCGAUCAGGCCGUGCCCAGACUCCAAUGAAACAGGAAACAGGCAGUGGCUUUGUGCUACCCCCACCUGGCACCGACCUUGUGUUCUUACGGGAAGGUGCAAGCAGUCCUGUGCAGGUGCCUGGCCCUGCUUCAGCUUCCACAGAAGCCCUGUUGCAGGAGGCCCAGUGCCCUGGCCUGAGUUGGGUUGUGGCCUUACCCCAGGUGAAGCAAGAGAAGGCGGAUGCCCAGGAAGACUGGACACCGGGCACAGCCAUCCUGACUUCUCCUGUAUUGCUGUCUGGCUGCCCCAGCAAGGCAGUAGACCCAGGCCUGCCACCUGUGAAGCAAGAGCCACUGGACCCUGAGGAGGACAAGGAGGAAGAGAGCAAGGAUGACUCCGCCUCCGACUCGGCACCAGAGGAGGAGGCAGGAGGGGCUGGCACACCCGUGAUCACCGAGAUUUUCAGCCUGGGUGGAACCCGCCUCCGGGACACAGCAGUCUGGUUGCCAAGGUCCAAGGACCUUAAAAAACCUGGAGCUAGAAAGCAGUAGACUGGAGGCUUCUGCAGACUGUAGGAUUCAAGGGAUUUGAGCUUAUGCAGUAGUGGGAGCUGAGUAAACAGUCUCUGUAAGGCUGUUGUCUUUGCAUCUAAUGCUGGAGCUUGAAGUCUGCAGGGCAGGCAAUCGGGAAGGGAAGAUGGAUGUAAAGUGUGGGAGACGGAGGACACUUUGGCGCGCACGAGCAAGAGCUGGAACCGGCGAGGAUGGCCUAGAACCCAUGUCAGUGUCUCAGCACCUCCAACUUCGAUGAUGUGGGUGUCCUGCAGAAGAAGCUGGUGCCCUUCAUCACAGAGUUAAAUACUCGUCCUGCCCAGGAAUUAGAGAAGCUGAAGGAGGAAGAUCCCAGGGAAAGUGGAGCAGCUGCAGGCCUGACUGCAGGCCUGACUGCUGCCCCACACCAACGAGGUGAGCCAGCAGAUAAGUGACAACAUGUGUGAACUGCAACAGUGCCUGGUGCGCCUGCACCAACCUUCCGAGUGUAAAAACAGUAUGCUGCUGCUUCACUUCUGUCCUCCAAUUACCAUGCAAAAUGUCUCUUGUGGCCCAUCCUAACCGGAAGCAUACGGGGAAGGGAGUUCUGGGAAACGUAGCCUAGUCAAGGUGACACAUUACAAAGCCACCCUGCCAUGAAUCAGCUCCCAAGGGUCUCACUGCUCACCCGAGGAUAACUUGAUAAAGCUUCGUUGCUGGAAAUGCAAAGCUGAAGACCAUGGAUUUCAUGGUGACCCCAGGAAGUACAGAAAUACUGUCAAGCCCACCCAGAAAAAAACUGGCUGGUCUCGGCUAUUUUUGUGUCAUUCAUUCAAGUAAUGAGAACCUGGCCCAUGGUAGGCACUGUACUUGAUACUGGGAUAAAGGAAUGAAAAAGAUAUAGUCCAUGCAAUUUUAUUAAAUACAUCAGUUAUGUAUUACAAAUGGUGAAUGGAUAUCCAACUUUAUCAUGGAAUUUAAUGGUGAAAAUAUAGAAUUCAGGAAACUGUCGGGAGGACAGCCCUUGCGUGAACCUUGUUGGGGCACAAUAGGAAUUGGAAAUAAUAUAAAUAGUUUCUAUCUCUGAGCUGUUCUAUUUUAAAAUUAU